UUUGCUGACGUUGGGAGCUGAGAUUCGCUGUUGCUGGAUUUCGAGACGAGAUGUAUUUAUAAUGAUGGUUUCCUCCUCUAAAACCUUUCAUCGCUUCCUUUUGUCUUUUCUCCUCUUCUCCCCUCUGUUCGAUGCUCGGACAACGGCGACAACGACGGCGACAACUCGAUAUCUGGAACCAACCCGGUGCUGUUAAAGGUUGGCUCAUGCUUGUAAAGCAGCAGUGGUGGUAAAGGAAACCAACGUUUGGGAGGACUGAAGAGGAGUUUGAGGUGGUUGGUAGCUUGGAGGUGACCUCUAGAAAGACCCAUUGGACAAUCCUGGAAACCUCGGGUUUUCAACACCGUGUUCCGAAGAGCUUCCCCGAUACUUCACAAUUCCAGAUUGCUUAGGGGUGGAAGCAGGACUGGAAGGUAUCAGCAACUGUGACGGAACGUGGAUGGACGGUAUGGAUGGAUGUCGAACGGGGUUCUCGAAGCCUUUCGAGGUAUGAUGCCGGGCCAGGGCUUGUCUUCAAGCUGUCGCAAAUCCUAUCCCGGUUCCUGGCCCUGAUGUAUGAGGCGGGGAUUCUCGCUCUAAUGGGCUGGUGGUACCAUGGAUGGAAAGGGGAUCCCAACGCGAGGGUGGACUUGAUCUUCCCGUGCUUCUUUCCACUGGGCGUGGCCGUUCUUGUGAACGCAUAUGAGAUCGUCUCUUUUUCGUGCUUGGACCGGCGACGACCGAUCAAUGUCAUUGCCGUGUGCUUCGACGUCCUGAUUUGCGCUGGUAGCACCUUUUGCUUCCUCCUUCUAGGGCUUAUCGACAACGACCCAGUUCAGGACAGACUCAGAACGGACUCCACGCGGGAACGAUGGAGGAGGGACCAGAGUAAAGCAAUGAUCUUCAUGAUUGUAUUUUGCUUUCUUCAUGCGUUGUUUAUAAUUAUGGCUUCGGUUGGAUGUGUCUACUCGGGAAUAUUGAAGAACAGGGCCAGAAGGCGAAGGCGGAUAGCACGAAACCGAGCGCAGAUGGCCCGGUUUGCAGAUGAACGACGGAGGCAAAUGGACGUUGAUAAAGCCCAAGUCGGGGCUCCGGUUGAGGAUGUCGGACAGAGUGAGGCACGGAGCGCCGAACUAAACUCAAGGGGAACGGAGUCAACACAGUCAACGGAGCUGGAAGGCAACGAACGAAGGACGAGGGAACGGCUCAGUACGUAGAGCCAUUGAGGCUAGCCUGUCCUAGCAGGGGCGGAUACGGUACAUGCACUCACUCAGGAUCGUUAUUUACGCAAGUAUACUUUACUUACCUACCUCUUAUGGUUGGCCAUCCUCUUUAGUGGCCGUCUUCUCGUGCGGCAAGUGUAUUAUCGUACAGUAUGUACCUUCCAUACCAGAUAUCGUUGGACCGUUUAUAGGUAAACCGAAGUAGGUAGUACCUUCCACUUGC